AUGUCUAUUACACCAUCAUCUGGAAUAUCGAAUCCAUCAAGAAAAACGCCAGCAGCAAGACCACCACGUUUAGCAAUUAAUCCAAAUGCAACAUACAUACCAACUCCAAGUUCAAAUUUACCAACUGCCCGUUUUGGUGGUUCAACAGCAUAUACAAAUUCAUCGCAACCAUAUUGGCCGCCAGUAGCUAAUCCAUUUUUAAAUCAUAAAGCUGCUGGGGAUUUUGUUACAAAAGGUUUUGAAGGUUUUAUAGAUUUUACAAAAACUGGUAUGAGUUUUGGUGAAAAAUUCUCUUUUGGAAUUUAUAAUAAAUUUAGUAAAUGGUCAAAAAAAUGGUUUACACACAUAUUUUUAUUUAUGAUUGUGAUUUUAUAUAGUGCACUGGGUGCAUUAAUAUUUAUGACAAUUGAAGGUAGUCAAGCACAGAGAGAUAUGGAAGCAGAAAGAGCAGCCAGAAGAGAUUUUUUUAAUGAAAUGCAAAAAUUUUCAAGUGAUAUAGAACUUUUAAAGUUAAGCAAACAGGAAUGGAAUGGUAAAUUAACGUCGAUAUUAAGGGAGCAUAAAGAUGCAAUAGAUACUCUUACAUCAAAUAAUAUGACUGUACUUCAAAUGGAAAAUAAACUAAAUCCUUGGCGUUUUUGGAAUUCAAUGUUUUAUUGUGGAACAGUUUAUACAACAAUUGGUAUGUAA